AAUUAUACUGUUUAAAUCAUGUCCCUUGAACUUUCAUCCAUGUUAAAUUUUUUUUCCUAAAAUUAAAUAAAAGUCUUUAAAUCUAACAAUCUUAAUAGUUCAUUGGGAAUUUUUAACGACAAAAAAAAUUUAGGGAACAUAAUUUAGUACAUGUCAAAAGUUCGGGGGAAAAAAUUACUAAUGAGCCCUUUGAGAAAUAUUAGUAAGUAAUAAGAGGUUCUUCCAAAUAGCAAUCCUCUUAUUAAAUUUGCAGUUCUUCUCUCUUAGUAUGAGACACUCUCACUCUCAUCAAGCUCAAGUUCAAAGAACUUAGCUGAAACCCUAAAACAGAACAUACAUUUCUUGAGGAGGAAACCCAAUCCCUCAAUCUCAUUCUCAAUCCUGCAAUUCAAUGAAUGUUUAAUCUUCAUUUCGGUUAAACAACCACACAGAUUUAGGAAUUAAUCUAUCUACCUUUACUUCUUCCAAUUCAUCUAAAGAUUAAGUUUUUUUUUUUCUUUCUUUUCUUUGUUGUCACAGUAUAGGAGCAUGAAAAGGACUAAACGUACAUCAUCAUCAUCAAUGGUGGUUGGUGAGGAUGACAUAAUUUCGAAACUUCCUGAUGCAUUGAUCAUUCACAUUCUAUCAUUUCUCCCAACUGAAGAUGCGGUUCGGACAUCCCUUCUUUCCAAGCGUUGGAGACCCAUCUGGUAUUCAGUUCCCACACUCUUUUUCUCCAAAAAUACUAAAUGGAAACAGGGUAAUGAAGAUAAGUUGUUCGAAUUUUAUAACAAUUGUUUGAAAUACCGCAAAAAUGUUAAGCAUCUUAUUGUUAAUUCAGACAUAACUAGUUUUAAGCUUGACAUAGAUGGUUACUAUCAAACAAGUAAGGCUGGUUUUGUAGAUAAAUGGUUAGGUUUUGCAGUUGAGAAUAAGGUUAAGGAAAUUUGUUUAUCCAUAGGUCAGGAGGAUCUUGAUGAUGAUGAUGAUGAUGUCAUUGAUUACAGUGAGAUAUGCUACUGCUUACCUAAAAUACUAGGCAAUGCAAGAUAUUUGACUAUUUUGGAGUUGAAUGGGGUGUUUUUGGAUACUUCUUAUUCAUUUAGUUUUCCAUCUUUGAAAACUUUAUCAAUGGAGGAUGUUUAUCAUUUACCUACUGCAAAGGAAGAUGGGGUAGUGAAAUUUUUGUUGGGUUGCCCUUCUCUUGAGAGAUUAUGGUUACAUGAUUAUAAAUUCUUAGGUAUUGAUAGUCAUCAUCGAUUACAAAGUUUAAGCCUCAAGUUCAUGGAAAUUGUAUUUGAAAGCUUUAUGAAUGAUGCACAAAUUCAAGUUGAAGCCAUGAAUCUCGAAUCUUUGGUUGUGGAAUGUAAUAUCUUUGACAUGAUAGAUUUCUCUUCUUGCAAGAAAAUUAGAAAUUUAUCAUUAAUUGACGUUUACAUUGGAAACGAAUACUUGUCAUCGUUUGAAGCUCUUAUUUCUAAUAUCCCUCUAAUUGAGAAUUUGGUUUUGAGCAAAUGCGAUUUACUACAGUCGGAGCACCUUACAAUCUCGAGUCUGCACUUGAAAAGUUUUCAUAUUAAGAAUUGUGAUUACUCGGAUGAUGGUGAUGAGAUGAAGGUUGUUACAAUUGAACAUGCUUCCAAAUUAGCAUACAUUUGUUAUGAAGGAAAUCUCAAUUUUACCAUAUUAAUGGAGCCAUCUAAUUUGUUAAAUGGAAAAAUUAUAAUUCACAAGAGACUGGAAGACUAUGGCGCAAAAUGGUUUAUCGAUAUGCUGACUUUUCUUGUGAAUCUCAGUUGCUAUUGGAAUAGUGUGACAUUGGAGGUAGCAAAUUGUAAGUCUCUCAUUUGGCCGAAAAACUUGAAGAACCUAAACCUAUGUCGUUACCCCUUGCUUAACUGGAAGCAUCUCAGAGUUAUUACCGAUUGCAAGCCUGAGGAAGAGUCAGACUUGAAGGAAGAUUUGAUGUGGAUUUCACCUUCUUUAGAAACAUUAUCUAUUAACGAAAAGGUCAUAUUUUAGUUGCUUUACAAUAUUAGAAGACUGCAUUUUAUCAGCUUUCUUUGCUAAAUAGUACUUCAGUUCAGUCCUUUUCUAAGAUUUUGCACUAAAGAAUCUGACUACUUUGCUUAAGAAAGAUAUCAAACUUUUCUUAUAUAUUCUUGUGAGCUAGCUCUAGCCGAUAUUGUUCGAUUUAUUAAUGUUGAAGAUUUAUUUUUAUACA